GGACGCUAAUAAAUCAGUUGAUGUCUUCCAUUUCUGUAUCACAACAUGAUGCCAUAUUGCUAUUAGCGGAUACAAAAGUUAUUGACAGCAGUUAUGAGUGUUUUGUGUGUGUUUUCGGUGUUAUUAUCUAAGAAUUAAACUGGCAAAAUGAUAAAUAAAGAAUCGGAUUUGAUGAUCGACAAGAUAUGCCGUUGUUGCAUGUGCGAAAAUGAAGAUAUGCAAAAUAUGUUUGAAAAGAAAAGCGACGAGGGCACCGACGAUUGUAAUGCCCUUCUCUCGGAUAUGCUUGCGGCUUGCGCUUCGGUAGAAGUCUCGUCCGGCGACGGUUUACCGAGUAACUUGUGUAAAAAUUGCGAAGAAAAACUAAAAAGUGCCUACGAAUUCCGCAGACUAUGCCAAAAAACCGACACCACCCUAAGAGACCUAACGCAAGACACCAAGAAAAACGUUCGCCAGGAAGAGGACAUAAUCGUACAACCGGACGUACACGAUGACGUCUUCGACGACGAAGAUAACGUGCCCCUUUUAGAAAGAGGCAAAAAGAAACGCGGCAGGCCGAGGAAAAAACCAACAGACAAUCUCACCUGCACCUUCUGCCACAAAGUCCUCCAGACCCAAAAGGGCUUGAGGGUGCACCUGAGGUCGGUAACCACCACAACACACUACUCGAUAAAACUACAUUCGUUUCGCAGGUCACACACGGGCGAAAAGCUGAAAUACUGCCUCUUCUGCGACGCCAAAUACACCAGAACCAACCACCUCAUCCGGCACAUAAGCACCCACGACAAGCCCGGCCUGAAGCACCCCUGCGAGAGCUGCGACAAAACGUUCGAGUCCGCCUCGGAGCUGUACAGGCACUCGGGCGAUCACUCGGACCUCGUCGACGACGAGGACAUCGUCAAAGAGCACGACAUCAAAGGCGAACCGGACAGGGAGAUCAAGCGGGAGGCCGACGAACCGAUGCUGGUGGGCCACCAGAUGGUCGAUAAGACCGACGAGGCCAACGAACAGGGCGGAAGUGAUCUCGAUGACGUUUUCAACGAUUUUCCGAUGAGUAACGACGACAGCGACGAGGAUUUCUCGAUGAGCCUCGACGAGGAGGACAAGAAGAGGAGUUCGAAGAGGCGCGAACGCGCCGAAGAGAAGGACAAGGCUUUGUACCAAUGUAAAGAGUGCACGAAAGUUAUGACUACUUACAUCGGAUUGAAGAUACACAUGAGGAAACACACGGGUGCCGAUUUGUCCACUUGUCACUUAUGUAAUAAAUCGUUUACUAAAAACAGUCAUCUAGUGAGACAUUUGAAAACGCACGGUAUAGUAGACGAAGAAAAAAUGAAAGCCCUAAAGAAAUAUUCAGAAACUAAAGGGAAAAAGGUGAUGGAGUGCGACUAUUGCGACAGGAAAUUCAAAUACCGCAAGAGCUUCAUACAUCACAUGCACGCCGAGCACGGCAUGUCCGAUUUCGAAAGCGACGCCGAAAAGGGCGACGACGCCCUCAAGACCGCCAAGCCGGAUCGAGCCGACGACGACGGCGCUGAGAAGGCCGCGAACGACCUGCUGGACGACGGCGACGCCGGCAAAGAGGAGGACGACGAGGAAAUGGCCGGCGACGGCGAGAGUCUGUUCGCCAAGAAGGCGCGCAACAAGAAUCAAGUGUGCCACGUGUGCGGCGCCUCCUUUUCGAGAGUCAACCACCUGACGAGGCACAUGACGCUGCAUAGGGCUGUGCUCGUGCACCAAUGCGACCGGUUAGUUGCUUUGUUCGAGGCCCCCACGAAAGGUUCUUAUCGUACCGUAUUUUGUAGUUGCGAAAAGGCGUUCGCCACCGAGGAGCAUCUGAAAGUGCACGUGGAAGAAGAGCACAUCAACAAACCGUACGUGUGCACCGUGUGCAACAAACCGUUCAGCAGAGGAGAGCAUCUGAUCAGGCAUUUGAAAGUGCAUCAGUCGAAUACCGAUAAGGACGCGAAUUUGAAAUGUUCGAUUUGUGAUACGACGUUUUCGAGAUCCGAUCAUUUGGCCAGGCACACGAAAAUGCACUUGAUGCAGGACAAACGGCACGUUUGCGGCGAAUGCGGCAAAGCGUUCAAUCGCUUGGACAAUCUGAAGACCCACCAGCGCAUCCACACGGGCGAAAAGGACACGUCGAAAUUGCAUUUGUGCAUUUAUUGCGGAAAGGAAUUCAAUAAUUCCAGUAACAUGAUCGUCCACAUGAGACGGCACACCGGCGAAAGGCCGUACAAAUGCGGCGAAUGCGGCAAAGGUUUCCCCAGAUCGCACGAUUUGAAAUGCCACGAACGCACCCAUUCCGGCGAGAAACCCUAUUUGUGCACCUUGUGCGGAAAAUCCUUCAAUAAAAGCAACAAAUUGUUGCGCCACAGCCGCGUGCACACCGGCGAGCGGCCGUACGUGUGCAACAUCUGCAGCAGGGCGUUCACGCAAUCGAACGAUCUGGCGCUGCACAUGCGCCGACACACGGGCGCCAGGCCGUACGCGUGCGGCGUCUGUCCGGCGCGCUUCAUCCAAUCGGGGCAAUUGAAGACGCACCGGCGCACCACCGGCCAUUGGAUGGACGUGCAGCCCGACCUGAAGGGCGGGCACCGCGUGGAGCCGGUGACGCCGGCGCACGAGCCGGCGCCCAUCCGCUUCAAGGUUCAUAGGGCGAUGAAGAAGGAGCAGAAUAUCUUGGAGCAGGCGGGUUUGAUGGCGUCGACGUCGGACGGCGUGAAUUUGGGCGACGUGCAGCAGCCCAUGCAAACCGAGCCGCAACGUAUACUGAUGGGCAUUAUGGGGAAUCUCAAGAUACCGGGCGGGGAGCCGCAGGUGCAACCGUUGCUCAUCGACGGCGCUAAGUUGGCCGAGUUGCACAACGCCGGUUUGGUUAAUUUGCCGACGGUUAUACAGGCGACGACGAACGGUGACGAGAUCAAGCUGAAGUCGGAGGUGAACAGCUACGGCAUGGGACAGUGCGACGAGGAGAUGGAGAAGCAGGACGACAACGCUAGUAGCUCGUACCAGGACGAGGUGGUGAUCUAUUCGAGCGUCGGGCACACGUCCACCACCUAUACGACUAGUGAAAAUUACAAUUUUCAGAAUUUCCAUUAGGGAAAGCGCGCCGACUAGUUCGUAUCGAACGGUAUUUAUUUAUAAAUAUAUAUAUUUUAGUUUUUUUUUAUUUCGUGUCGCACACGGUGGAUUUAAGUGUCUGACGAAGGUAUUUUCGUUACUAAUUACAUCACUAUUACUUAGACAAUCGAAUUGUGUAUAAGCAUCACGAUAUCUUAAAAUUUUAAUGUGUCUGGCAACCUAAAGUUGGAAUUAAUUGCUAGAUGGUGAAUGUACCAGCCCUUAGUCCGGUUUAAUUUAUUUCGCCUACCAAAAAAAUCGUUUCGUUUUUGUGCGUGUACGUUUAAAUAUAAUCUGAAGGAGAAUAAACGAGUCAUUUGGUAAUUUUCGUUUUCAAAAAUUAGCAAGUGACUAGAAUAUGUAUGUAGGUAUUAUUAAGCAACUAGAAAAAAAUCUAAAUUAUUCUAGAUCAAGUUAGACUUGAGACAAAAUAAGUACUUUACUACAAAAUAUUUUUUGUGUCAAUGUUGAACUUUUUUUAAUUAAAAUUUACUUUUUGAUGAAAUACCUUUCACGGUAAAUAUCAGUAUCACUGUGAUAUAUUUUAAUGAUUACCACACAAGUCUACAAUAAUCUGUUUCAUUAACAUGCUGCAUAACAUGCUUCAAAAAAUAUUUUGAAGUACAUAACUUUAAAAUCAAAAUAUUGCUCGUAUAAAAGAAUAUUUAACUAGUUUAGAUUUCGAGCCGUUUGAAUAAAUUCUAUUUUCAAUUUACACUAUAUUGGAUUCAUCAAAGUGCAGAUAAAUUUAUCUACUAGUUAAUGAUUUAAAUUAUUUUUAAUUUAUCAAACUUUCUUAGGUGAAAUAUAAUUGAGUGGCAGGAGAGUUGCAUAUGGGCACUCGGACAUUUAGGUGUACUCUAUACAUAAUAUUUAAAUAGAUUUUAAAUGAUUAAAGGUAAAAAUAAUAAAAGCUAUUUAUACAUUUAAGCAGGAGACUAUGUAGUUGGUAUAGAUUUACUUAAUUGUAGAUUUUUAGGUGAACGUUUUUUAAUGGUUUCCAAUAGAGGAUGUUUCACGUUAAAUUGGUUUAUUUUUAUCUAGGUAUACAGAGUUUCCUCUAAAAUAGGAGGCUCUACAAAUAACUAAUAUAAUGCAUAUUAAAAAUGCUGAAUUUAACGUGGAACAAAAAUGUUGUAUAUACUGUAUUAGUUUUUCUUUUCCUGUGUACAAAGACUUAAAAUUAUAGAAAAAAAGCAUUUCAUCGUGGAAAUGAAUUGUGUACAUUAUAUUUUUAAUAAAAAUAACGAUUAUCGAAAUAGAAUAAUUUAAAGAGUCUCCAUAAAUUUAAACCCCCUGUAAAUCUAAUUGGGAAAAAUCACUCAAAAAAGGAAAUUACGGAAGGAAAAU